CAUGAUCACUUCACACAUGUUUUCUGCUUUAAUCACUAGCAGCAAUGUACUUUAUCAAUAUGCUCAGCUCACUUCCUGUCGAACUUGAAAUUUCCGAAAAGUAUACAUAGCGAAGUUCCCGGUUUAAUUCAAAUCUAGAGCAUAAUGAUAUUAAUGUUCAAUCAGAAAAUAUUUUGGAUAAGGAAACAAUGGAAAACUGAUUUUAAUCUCUACUAGUUGAAUGCCCGUGCUUUGUCACGGCUUUCUGGAAAAGAAUUCUGCCACAUAUGUAAAGUUGAUACACACGAAAUCUGUCGUGUAAACAAAGAGGUAUAAUAGUGUGAAAAUAAUAAAAUUCUACUUUGCUAAAUUGUAAUUUUGUAUAAUAAAAACUUUAAUUUGAACAUCAUAUGCAUCGAAAGCAACAACCCGACAAUUAUCUCUUAAGUAAGGUGCUCCUGUGUUAUGGCGCAGAAUACAUGUCACUAGUAGAAAAUGGAGCAUCCAUCUAAUCCUUUAGUACCGGUUCCCUUACGAAUCGGUACUAAAGGGGGCAUUAGUACCGGUUCCAGCGGUGGGACAUCUAUACCGGUUCGUUAUGGCCCUUUAAUACCGGUUCGUGUUACGAACCGGUAUGAAAGGGUUUCUGCCCAAAUUCCAGGCUGAGGUGGGGCCAGGGCUACACCUUUAGUACCGGUUCAUCUAAGGAACCGGUACUAAAGGGCCCCCCUAUAUCAGCGCGCGCCAACCCGCCCGAGCCCCCUGCAUCUCAUUCUCCAAUUCUCCUCCUCCCUCACAUUUCCGAAUAUUUUGCACCUCUCACACUCCAAUAAUCUUUAUUUUUCUCCACCAUUUUAACAAGAUUAACGGCAUACAUCUAUCCAAGGGUUAGCAAUAUCAUCCUUCCUUCCGGCGUUUCUAAUUUAGCUCAUUUCUUUGGUAGUUUUAACUCGUACUUUUUUUCUAGUGCAAGCAAGGUGUUCGAUGAAAUGCCUAAGUUAGUGAUUUUAUUUUUUUAUAUGCAAUUUGAGCUGAAAUUAUGGUAUGUUUUGUAGGUUUUAAUUAGUAUCAUCCCCGUCCUUACCGUCGUCGAUCGCCAGCGUCGUCCCCUAGCCGGCACGGUACCACCUCGAUGAGUCGACAAUGGAUGUACGGUGACCGAUGCCAUCCCGAGUUCAUUAAUGGCAUGCAUUAUUUUCUCAACGUGGCUGAGGCAAACAGGCGAUCGAAUGGUUUCAUGUAUUGUCCAUGUAGUUCCUGUAACAAUAUGAAGGAUUACUCUACCUCGAAGACCCUUCACGUCCACCUGCUGGAGAACGGUUUCAUGCCCAGCUAUAAUUGUUGGACCAAGCACGGAGAAAGAGGGGUUAUAUUGUAAGACAACGAAGAAGAAGAGGAUAGUGACAACUAUCCCUUAUUCACUGAAGACGGUGAUAGUAGAAUGGGGGAAGACGAAGCUGAAGAAGAGCCCAUUUUCGAUGAGCCGAUUUUUGAUGACCCGGAUGAUGAUUUGGGUCGGGCCAUUCUUGAUGCGAAGAUGAACUGCGGAAAUGAAAAGGAGAGGUUGAAGUUGGAGAAAAUGUUAGAGGAUCACAACAAACUGUUGUACCCAAAUUGUGAAAAUGGUCAGAAAAAGCUGGGUACCACGCUGGAAUUGCUGCAGUGGAAGGCAGAGAAUGGUACUUCUGACAAGGGAUUUGAAAAGUUGCUGAAAAUAAUAAAGAAGAUGCUUCCAGGGGAGAACGCAUUGCCCUCUACUACGUACGAAGCAAAGAAGGUUGUCUGCCCUCUAGGAUUAGAGGUGCAGAAGAUACAUGCAUGCAUCAAUGACUGCAUCCUCUACCGCGGGGAGUACGAGAAUUUGAAUGCAUGCCCUGUAUGUAGUGCAUUGAGGUAUAAGAUCAGGCGAGAUGACCCUGGCGAUGUUGAGGGCGAGUCCACCCCCAGGAAGAGGGUUCCUGCGAAGGUGAUGUGGUAUGCUCCUAUAAUACCACGGUUGAAACGUUUGUUCCAGAACAAAGAGCAUGCCAAGUUGUUGCGAUGGCACAAAGAGGACCGUAAGAAAGAUUUGAUACUGAGACACCCCGCUGAUGGGUCGCAGUGGAGAAAAAUCGACAGAGAGUUCAAGUCAUUUUCCGAUGACGCAAGGAACUUAAUCCUUUCGGGGAGCAGAGCUCCAUUCAUAGCACAUGGUCAGUGACUCUAUGUAUCUAUAACCUUCCUCCUUGGUUGUGCAUGAAGCGGAAGUUCAUUAUGAUGCCAGUGCUCAUCCAGGGCCCGAAGCAACCCAGCAACGACUUUGAUGUGUACCUGAGGCCAUUGGUUGAAGAACUUUUAGAGUUGUGGUGUGACGAAGGUGUACCUGUGUGGGAUGAGCACGAACAAAAGGAAUUUAACCUAC